GGUGGAACCAAGCGUUGGGAGAAGUCGAGCUGGAGGCUGAGGAGCGAGGACACACCGCUGAAACACGCCGAGUGGUGCGGAAACAUGGAGCUCCGCCGGAUUAACGUGUUCCUCGUCUUAUUUAUUAACAGAGUAUUUAUCAGCCUGCAGUCGAAAGAGCAAGUCUUGCUGGAUAUGAAAGCCUCAGGAUCAGAGUUGGGGUGGUUGACGUUGCCAUAUGAGAACGGAUGGGAGAUAGUCCAGACCGUGGUGAAUGGCUCCCUGUUCUACACCUACAGCGUUUGCAGCGUGGACUCCACCGAGCAGGACAACUGGUUACGGACCACGUUCAUCCAGCGGCGCCCGGGGACGACGCGCGUCUCCGUGGAGCUCCGCUUCAUCGUGCGGGACUGCAACACGUUCGACGGCGCCUCCGUGGCCUGCAAGGAGACCUUCAACCUCUUCAUGUCGGAGGCCGACGCCGACGUGGGCACCAACUUCCGCAAGGGGCAGUUCCGCAAGGUGGCCACCAUCGCCCCGGACGAGGUCACGCAGGGCCGCGUGCUGAAGGUCAACACGGAGACCCGGAGCAUCGGGUCUCUGUCCAGGAAGGGCUUCUACCUGGCGUUCCAGGACAUGGGCGCCUGCGUGGCCCUGCUCUCGGUCAGGGUCUACUACAAGACGUGCCCGUCCACCGUGCAGAGCCUGGCAGCCUUCCCCGAGACGGUGGCCGACGCCCUCAAGGAGGUGGGCGGGGCCUGCGUGGAGAACGCCGCCAGCCCGGCCGCCCCGCGCAUCUACUGCACGGCCGAGGGCGAGUGGGUGGUGCCCGUGGGCCAGUGCCAGUGUCGCGCCGGCUACGAAUCCACCGGGGACGCGUGCCAAGCAUGCAAGCCCGGCUACUUUAAGCCCAGCGUGUCAAGUGACUCGUGUCAGCUUUGUCCUGAGAACACCAAGCCCUCUCCGGCCCGCGCCACCCAGUGCCAGUGUGAGGACGGCUUCUUCCGCUCCCCUUCGGACCCGCCGACGUCGGCCUGCUCCGCUGCGCCCGGCGCUCCCCGCGACCUGACCUCCACCACCCUGCAAGCAGAGGGCAGCCUGCAGCUGAGCUGGCGCCCGCCGCUGGUGACCGGCGGCCGCAGCGACCUCACCUACAGCGUGGCGUGCCAGCUGUGCGACGGGCCCGCGUGCGCGCCCUGCGCCGACAGGGUCCGCUUCGAGCCCGGCGCCGCCGACCUGCGCGAGCCCACCGUCACCGUCGCCGAGCUGGACUCGCACCUGAACUACACCUUCACCGUGGAGGCGCGCAGCGGCGUGUCCCAGUUCGGCACGGGGCCGUCCACCGCGGCCAUCACCACCGCCCUGGACUACAGAGAUCCCCCAAAGGUGACGCUGAUCCAUCUGGAUGAUCGCAGCCCCACCAGUCUGGCUCUGUCCUGGUCUCUGUCUCGCAGACCUCCGGCCCGGGUCAGUCAGCGCUAUGAGCUCAUGUACCGCCGGAAGGACGCUGACGGCGAGCGGGACGUGACCACCUACACCGUCCUGAUUCUGGACAAAAGCUCGGUUCAGAUAAGCGACCUGAGCCCGGACACCACGUACGUGUUCCGGGUCCAGGCGCUGGGCCCUGAAGGCAACCCGGGCAGCUACAGUGCGGAGCACGAGUUUCACACCACACUAAUCGCCGAGCCUCUGACCCAGAACAACUCCACAGCGGUGAUGGGAGCUGUGAUCGGCCUGGCGGUGGUCCUGCUGGUGGUGGUGGCCGUCCUGCUGCUGCGUAAACGGAGACUGAGUUCUCGUGGCAGAGGAUCAGAGGAUCCCUACUUCUCUACAGAUCAGCUCAAACCUCUCAAGACUUACAUUGAUCCGCACAUGUACGAGGACCCCAACACCGCCAUCCAGAAGUUCGUCACAGAGAUCGACCCCAACGCUGUGAGCAAACAUAAAGUCAUUGGCGUCGGGGAGUUCGGGGAAGUGUUCCGGGGCGUAAUGAAGGUGCCCGGCCGAGGCGAGGCGGCCGUGGCCAUCAAGACGCUGAAGCUGGGCUACUCGGAGAAGCAGAGGCAGGACUUCCUGAGCGAGGCCAGCAUCAUGGGGCAGUUCUCGCAUCCCAAUAUCAUCCGCCUGGAGGGAGUCGUCACCAAAUUCAAGCACGCCAUGAUAGUGACAGAGUACAUGGAGAAUGGUGCUCUCGACACAUACCUGAAGGACCGCGAUGGGGACAUUCCGACCUAUCAGCUGGUGGGAAUGCUGCGUGGAAUCGCUGCUGGCAUGAAAUACCUCUCAGACAUGAGCUACGUCCACCGCGAUCUGGCAGCCAGGAACGUCCUGGUCAACAGCAACCUGGAGUGUAAGGUGUCUGAUUUCGGCCUGUCCCGAGUGCUGGAGGACGACGCUGAGGGCACCUACACAACCAGAGGAGGGAAGAUCCCCAUCCGCUGGACCGCCCCCGAGGCCAUCGCCUACAGGAAGUUCACCUCGGCCAGCGACGUGUGGAGCUUCGGCAUCGUCAUGUGGGAAGUGAUGGCCUUCGGGGAACGGCCGUACUGGGACAUGAGCAACCACGAGGUGAUGAAGGCCAUCAACGAGGGCUUCCGGCUCCCCGCUCCGAUGGACUGCCCGUCCGCCAUCUACCAGCUCAUGCUCCAGUGCUGGCUGAACGACCGCGCCAAGCGCCCGCGCUUCUCGGACAUCGUCAACAUCCUGGACAAACUGCUCCAAAGCCCCGAGUCUCUGAAAGCCAUAGCCGACUUCGACCCACGCGUGUCCAUCCGCCUGCCCAGCACCAGCGGCUGCGACGGCACCAUGUUCCGGUCGGUGCCCGAGUGGCUGGAGUCCAUCCGAAUGAGCCAGUACAAAGACAGCUUUGCUCGCGCGGGGGUCACGAGCAUGGAGCAGGUGCUGGCCUUGAGACAUGAGGACAUCAGGAAUAUCGGCGUGCGGCUGCCCGGUCACAUGAAGCGGAUCGCCUACAGCAUCCUGGGCCUGAAAGACGAAACCAGCUCGCUCAGCGUGUUCGCAGUGUGAUCUGAGCAUUCCUCCGCAUCGCCGUGCGCCGUUCCGCUUACGGACAGGGGCGACUGAGGAGGAGGCCGAAACUGAGCUCACGGCAGCUCGCUGUUUGGUUGCACGACUGAAAAGGACCUUCCAGAAAAGACUGACUUUAAAAACACUUAUGUACUUUAUACCAGAGGAAGAAUUUAUGUAAAACAUAUUUUAUAAGUGGAACAUUUUGCGAGAGGUGCAAACUGUGAGACGACAAGGGAGUGCUUGGCUUCGUGUGACUGAACUAUUUAAGGGCUCUUUGUGAUUAAGGGCUCUUUAUUUCCAGGCACUCCUUCCAUCCUGUUUUAGUUUCUGGAUCCUGAAGUCGAGUUUGUUUUGCUACACUUCACCGGGACUAUUUUAAAUCUGGAAUAAUUAUUCUACUCAGGGCAAAGAAUCACACAUUCUUACGUUUUGCAGUUUCUGUUUCACAAUAUGCAUUUUGCUCAAGUCAUUCAUUUGUUUACAUCAAGUCUUAAAACAACUGUCCAUUUUUUAUUUAAUAUUUAUUUUAUUUUCUAUUUAAGUCAUUUGUUACAUGAGAUAUGAGUCUGUUCUGGUGCAUGUUUGCCAGACAGUGUAUUUUUGUGUUUGAAUAAAACCAGUGUUGCCUGUAACUGGA